CUUCCAAUAUCCAUUUUCUUUCCUUGUUCUCAUCUCUGAAGUUAACGAAAUCGUAACUCUAAGUAGUGUCACCCACUAUUUUUCUUUGUAACACCUGUCAUAUUACCCGACUUUUGAAAUGGCACCCAAACGUCUCAUUCAUGACCAUCCUCUGUUUGAUGUUGUUCUUUAUGAGUUGAUUUCACUCAAUGAUCAAACAUAUUUUUGGAAACCACCUAAGACGGAUGCUCGAAGAGUUUCCUUUGACUUACACUCUUCUUGGUUUGUCUUCAGAUGCCUCUCGUCAGCUAAAGGGUUCUUCCCAGAAGGCUCCUAAGAACAAGGUGACGCCUUCCGCCACUUCGGGUAUCAGUGUUUCAAAGCAUCAAGGUAUAGGCGAACUCUCAUUGAAGUCUCGACUGGUCAAGAAGCACCGUCUCCACAGAAGGAGUCGGAGUUUUGCAGCGACAAAAGGCUCUCGGUUCCCUUCAGUCAUCUCCCAAAAAAUCCAAAGUCUAUGUCCCGACAUAUGCUACUGUACUCGAGUCACGCCAAGAUGCCGCGAUGUUGGAGUCGUUAAACAGAAAGGAAAAUAGAAAAAGACUCAGACUUAAGUCCUCUACUUCCCCUGGCAGCGAGGAUGCAGGAAAGGUUAUUGUUUUGAAGAAAAAUAA